AUGGAUGUCCAAAGUUUACACUUGGGUGGCCUGGUACACGCCGAGGAGGAAAUCCAAAUGACUAGUACUGUACCAGCUCUGAAAGGAGCAAUUCAGGGAUUAGUGUACAAUGGCAGAAGGUAUAUAGAAUUAGCCAAAUCAUUAGGAGUGGCUGAAGGAACUACCGGAAGAACCGAAGUCGGAAGAAAUGCAUCGGCACAUUCAGGAAAUGCUGUUACCGCCAGAUUUGUAAGAUCAGAGCAGCCGGUUCCUUAUAAUGUGGUAACCUUCAAAUCUAAGCAUACGUUUCUGGGACUGCCAACACUAAAAGCUUAUUGGGAUUUGCAAGUGGACUUACAAUUUAGAACGCUUGAAUCGUCUGGUAUUCUUUUGUAUAAUGCUGGUCGAAGAGGUGACUUUUUCGCCUUAGAAUUGAAUGCUGGCCGUGUAAGAGCAGUAUUGGAUUUAGGAGAUGGCCCAAUUAUUUUGGAAAGUAAAGGCUCCAGCAGUAAUCCACUGAAUGAUAAUAGAUGGCAUUCUGUUCACCUGAGAAGACCUGCUCCAAAUGUUCAUUCGUUGGAGGUAGAUGAUAAAGUUGAUCUUCAUACAAGUACAGGAUCAAAUAUCAAUUUGGACUUAGAAGGACUACUUUAUGUUGGAGGUGUACAAAAAGAUAUGUAUUCAGGACUUCCCAGUUCUGUUUUGUCACGAACAGGUUUUGAAGGUUGCCUUGCUAGUUUAGACUUAGGCGGUGAAAGUCCAGUACCAACUGAACACGCAGUUGUUCCUAGCUCCCUGGUUUCUUCUGGCUGCGAAGGUCCGACAAAGUGCAGUCAAAGCGCCUGUGGUCAUCGAGGAGUGUGCGUCCAGCAGUGGAAUGCUUAUGCCUGCGAUUGCGACAUGACCUCCUAUACUGGGCCUACUUGCUUCGACGAAAGUGUUGCCUAUGAAUUUGGUCCUGGUCGAGGUGGUCUUGUUCAGUACGUUUUCCCUGACGGAAGACAACCUGAUACCGAAGAAGACGAUAUUGCAUUAGGUUUCAUUACAACGAGAUCGGAUGCUGUUUUGUUGAGGAUAGAUUCGGGCACUACGCAAGAUUAUAUGGAAUUAGAAAUGGUUGAAGGUAAUAUCUUCAUGGUGUAUAACGUGGGAUCACAUGAUCAUCCGCUGGGAGAUGUCGGGGUUAAAGUUAAUGAUAAUGUCUAUCAUGUAGUAAGAUUUUCAAGAAAAGGUGCCAAUGCUACUUUACAAGUAGAUGACUAUGAUGUUCAAGUAAAUCAACCACAGGGUCAGCAGUCGACCCUCUUCAACAGCAUGUCAACGAUUCAAGUGGGCGGUAAAUGGCCCAGGGACGGCAGCCGCGCCCGCGUCGAGCGUCCGUUCACGGGCGUCGUGGCGGGAUUGAGCGUCAACCGGCUGCGCGUCCUGGAUCUUGCUGCCGAUAACGCAAACGGCAUCACCGUAAGGCACGAAGCUCAACUUGUCACUGGAGUUUUGGAACGUAAUGAUGUCCUGCAACGAAUGCAACAGACCCCAGCAUCUGGCUAUCCAGGUCUCCUAGAUGACCUCAUAUUCUCUGGUGCCGGAUCAGGCUGCCGCGGUGAUGACGAAGACGAAUGUCCAGCUCUUCCUGAACAAGGCAGUGGGGCUGGUGAUGAUCUAGUGACUCCAGUUUACGCUCCAUCCACCCCAUCGUCCGGAAGGUCACGAGGCGGAGGCACCACUCCUUCGCAGAACCUCAAUGGAGCUGGAAAUAAUGGAUGUGAUGAUGAAGAUUGUCUGCAAGGUAGUGGAGCAGGAGAAGUCACCUCGCAGAGUGCGGGUGGAGGAGCUGUAGCAGGCGGAGGAACAGAUUUGAUUCCCGCUUACACAACUACUAUUGAAGAAGAUCACCAUCCAUCAACUAUAGGUUUCCAGUAUCCGUCAUCAACAACAACGCAAGAACAACCAUCAUCUUCCACCACGAAUCAAAUCACACAAUCGUCCUUCAGUCCAAAACAAGACUUGGAAAUAUCUACUGGUGGUACCACAACCGAUACAUGGCACCAAAGCACCACGAAUAACCAAUAUAACAGAAACAAUAAUGUCUACAGACCUCACACGGAAAUGCAACCGACUACUAGCACUUUAGACUAUAUCCACGAAGACUUUAUAGAGCCAGCAAGUACUGUUGGACCGCAUUUAGAAGAUAACGAAGUGGAUUUACCUUACUUCCCACAACCACCACCGUAUUAUCCCACUGCCAGGACACCGAAAAAUAAAAAGAAAGAUAGAAUUGUGUCCGAAACAUCAGAACAUGUUGCCACUGUUAUAGGCAUAGUAGCUGGUGCCCUUAUUGCAGUAAUUUUGGUUAUUAUAAUUAUACUCCUAAGGUUCAAAAAUAACAACGAGAGAAGUUAUAAAGUGGAUGAUGAAAAAUGCUUCCAGCAAGGACCUCUGCUGGCAAACCAGCCCGGGCCUGUCCAGCCUGUCAGCUAUGCCACGGCUCCUACAUUGCCCCUCAAUGGAGGAGUUAGGAACGGUUGCGAUUUGCAGAAACCGGUUGCUAAAAAACGCGAUUCAAAAGAUGUUAAAGAAUGGUACGUGUAA